CGUGGAGGCGCGCGCCCGUGCCCACACCCGGCAUGGCGGCCGGCAGCUUCGGCACCACUGUCGUUUCGUCCGCUGGCGGCAGGGAGCGGGCGCUCGGCUUCCCGUACCCGACAUGGCCGCCAAGGGGGCCCGGCAGCGGCUGCGGGCUGGAGGUUGUGGGGAGUCGGCCCGGCCGCGGCCUGAGGCCGCGGAGGAGGCGCGCCUGGAAUCAUCUGGGAGCAAAGCAGGACAAGUUUGGGCCCCUGAAGGAUCAACAGCUUUCAAGUGUCUCAUCUCAGCCAGGUUCUGUGCAGCUCUCUUAAGCAACAUCUCUGAUUGUGAUGAGACAUUUAACUACUGGGAACCGACACACUACCUCGUUUAUGGAAAGGGGUUUCAGACAUGGGAAUACUCUCCAGCCUAUGCUAUCCGCUCCUAUGCUUACCUGUGGCUUCAUGCCUUACCAGCCUUGUUCCAUGCUAAAGUUCUACAAACUAACAAGGUUCUCAUCUUCUAUUUCCUCCGAUGCUUCCUGGCCUUCCUGAGCUGCAUUUGUGAACUCUACUUCUACAAGGCUGUGUGCAAGAAGUUUGGGCUACAUGUGAGCCGGCUGAUGUUGGCCUUCUUAGUACUCAGCACUGGGAUGUUUUGCUCAUCUGCAGCUUUCCUCCCAAGCAGUUUCUGCAUGUACACCACAGUGAUUGCCAUGACUGGCUGGUAUAUGGACAAGACCUCUGUAGCAGUGCUGGGGGUGGCCGCUGGAGCCCUUCUAGGCUGGCCCUUCAGUGCAGCUCUUGGGCUUCCUAUUGCCUUUGACUUGUUGAUACUGAAGCAGAGGUGGAAAAGUUUCCUAAACUGGUGUGUGGUGUCAUUGAUCCUGUUUUUGGUGCCCGUGGUAGUUGUCGACAGCUAUUACUAUGGGAAGCUGGUAGUUGCACCUCUCAACAUUGUUUUAUACAAUGUCUUCACCUCUCAUGGACCUGAUCUCUAUGGUACAGAACCCUGGUCCUUCUAUUUUAUCAACGGCUUUCUGAAUUUCAACGUGGCAUUUAUUUUGGCACUGCUUGUGCUGCCACUGACUUGUCUCAUGGAGUGUCUGCUUCAGAAAUUUCAUGUUCAGAAUCUGGGCCGUCCCUACUGGCUGACACUAGCUCCUAUGUACAUUUGGAUCAUGAUUUUCUUCAGUCAGCCCCACAAAGAAGAGAGGUUUCUCUUUCCCAUCUAUCCCCUCAUCUGUCUCUGCGGUGCUGUGGCUCUGUCUGCUCUUCAGAAAUGUUACCACUUCAUAUUCCAGCGCUACCGCCUGGAACACUACACAGUCUCGUCAAACUGGCUGGCUCUGGGGACUGUCUUUCUCUUUGGCCUUUUGUCAUUGUCACGCUCUGUUGCCUUAUUCAGAGGCUACCAUGGGCCCCUGGACCUGUACCCAGAAUUUCACAGGAUUGCUACUGACCCAAGUAUUCACACUGUGCCGGAGGGGAGACCCAUUAAUGUCUGUGUGGGAAAGGAGUGGCACAGAUUUCCAAGCAGCUUUCUCCUGCCAGAUAAUUGGCAGCUCCAGUUCAUCCUGUCAGAAUUCAGGGGCCAGUUACCAAAACCAUUUGCCAAGGGACCAAUGGCCACAUGGAUCAUUCCCACUGACAUGAACGACCAAAACAAGGAAGAGCCAUCUCGAUAUACUGACAUUUCCAAAUGCCACUAUCUGGUGGACUUGGAUACAGCAGCUGAAACCCCAAGGGAGCCAAGGUAUUCCUCCAACAAAGAAGAGUGGGUAACCAUUGCCUACAAGCCAUUCUUAGAUGCUUCCAGAGAAUUUCUGUCCUUUGAGACUGCAAACUUGGUAGUACUGUCUCCAAAAUCCCCUCUGACAGAACAAAUCCCUCCCAGCAAACCCUUUAGCCUCACCUGCCUUGUGACUGAGACCUACUUCAAAAACAGGGAGAAGGGCACUACUGAAAACAAAAUGCAGCGGCUGAUCCUGGCUCCAAACACCCUGGGUGCUUGAACUGCCUGUUGGCAG